UAUUCCGAAUAACCAAGGAAGUUUAUUGAAGUGUGCAGUUCAAAUAGUUUCGUCCAAACAGAUUUUGCCUGGUGUACGUGACAGGAAAGUCGGUCUCCUGUCUAACAGGAUGGGAGAUCCAAAUGAAGAAGAAAUUCGCAUGAGAAAAAUGGAUGCAUAUGGGACACAAAGAGAUAAAGAAUCAGAGAAAAAUAAGGACACUUUAACAAAAGAACAACAAAAGAGGCAACGUUCAUUUGUUAUAUACAUUCCAAAAAAGUUGUUUUAUUUAUCUUUACUUAUUGGUUUGAUUGCACUAAUUGUGACUUAUGUUCCAAGAAGAUAUUUCUUGCCUUUUGAUGAAGAAAAUCCUUAUGCCACACUUGGUGAGGAAGGAUUAAAAUUAUUCAGGAAAUAUGACCGGAAUGGAGAUGAUCAGCUGUCCAUCAGUGAAUACGAAUCUCUCUUCUAUCAGAUGAUAGGAAAUGGCCUCAAUUUGACAGAAUUUGAGUACAAUCCAGAACAAGAAAUACAAGAAGAUGACCAGUUUGUGACAAUGAGAGCUUAUUUUGAACCUUUGUUAAUAGAGACUAUGACAAAAGAUUUGGAAGAAUCGUACUUUGGAAAUAUUGAUUCUCUGACUGGACUAAAAGAGUGGACCAAACUAAAUCAUGAAUGGAUGAACUUUGGUGUUAGACAUUUUUCUAUGUUCUUCCCGAAGGAGAAAGUUCAACAAGGCAAUAUAUAUGAACUAUAUACUGAAGAAAGAUCAUUCAUGUCAUCCAUAAGUGCACCACAUUUAUCCAGUAAUCGAUUUUAUCCAUCCAAAAUAGAUGAUAAGUUGAUUGGAUUAUACCGUAUUCUAUCAAUGUUUCAUCCAAGACCAUUUUUGAUGAUACGAUUUCCUCCAAAAGGUGGUGUUGCUCUUGUUCGAGCUCAAAAUGAUGAUUAUAUUGAAAUUGUUUUUAGGUUCCAUGCUGAAUUCCAGUUGAACGAGCCACCACAUAAUCCAUUCUGGUUUACACCAGCACAGUUUACAGGAAGUCUUAUUGUUUCAAAGGAUUAUACGAGAAUACUUAACUUCAACUUAUAUGUACCUUCAGAUAAAAAAUUAAAUGUUGAUAUGGAAUGGUUAAAUGGACCAAGUGAAACUGAAAAUAUGGAAGUUGAUAUUGGUUAUAUGCCUCUAAUGACAGCCAACAUUACUGCUAAAUCACGAUUAAGAAGGCAUUCACAUGAUGCAGAGGAACCAAUAGAAACUGAUGACACAUUACAAGAUACAGUCAAUAACAUUAUUUGGACUCAUAAAAUAGAUUUAGAUGAAGCCCUUCAGCAGCUGGAAGUGAAAAUGUAUCCAUUUAAAAAAAUUACCUACUAUAACUUUACAGAAACUAUAAAGAAAGCACAAGAAGAAAAUAAGUUAAUACAUUCCAUUUUAUUAUGGGGUGCUUUAGAUGAUCAGAGUUGCUGAGGUUCUGGGCGAACUCUCCGGGAAACAUCCCUGGAAAGUUCGCCCGUUGUUUCUCUCCUUGAAGAGAGAUUCAUCAGUAACUGGAAUUUAGUGGUUGAUUUGAAGGAAUUUGAGAAAGAUUCCUCUCAGCCAGAAAUCCAGAAAAUAGCAGCCCAUUUCAUGGAGAAUUAUAAAUUCCCAGUUAUGAUGUAUGUAGCUUAUCCUAAUGGUACAAUAGUACAUAAAGUCAACGCAAACGAAUAUAUGGACCAAGGACCUUAUGAGGGUUUUAUGCAAAAUCCAUAUGCUGCAUUCCUUAAAGCUGGCAUUGCAAAUGCUGAAAAGAUGGCAUAAUUCUAUGAUCUGUUUUAUGUUAAAUCAAAAUAUUGAAAUCUAUGCAAAAUCAAAUGGUAUUCAGGUAUAUAUAUAUUUAUACAGUCACAUAGUUUUGUAGUUGUAUUUUUGUGGUUAAUUCAUAUUGAUUUCCUAUAAAAUUAUUAUUCUUAUUGAGGUUCUGUACUUUUAAUUUUUGUGGAUCUUGUUGUUCUGAAACCAUGAAAUUAAAUUAUAUGUAAAAUUCCUUCUCAAUAGUAUUGAAACUGUUUUGAAAUCACCAGAUUGAUUCCUUGAAUCAUUAAGUUUUAUCUAGUUCAAGGAAAUUUGUAUCCUGAAUAAAAGUUUUCCACAAUAUGGAUAAAGCUACCUACUUUCCAAUUUCAGUCAAAAUUUUCUUACGGUCAAGAAGGUAAGAUAUUUUUAACUAACCUUAUCCCCUUAUUCGUUUACUGGGACAAUUGCAACAAUAUUUUUUUAUUGGGAUUUUUUUAUGUUCAUGAAAAAAAAAAAUCCAAACUUUCCUGUCCCUUCACCAACUACUUGUACGCAGUUGUAGUUCUAAAUGAAGGUCAGGGUCUGUUCUGGAUGAAAAGCAUAUUCCACAAAUUAUUAUUGUACUCUACAUAGAAUGUUACUAAAUGCGGUCAAUGAGGAGUUCUGCCUGUCUUUACGGAAAAUGAGCAAAAAGAGUUUAAAAUUCUAUAUUUCAUCUCAUUGUUUUUUCUUGUGAUACUUGAAGACUGACUUGUUUGAUACAUUGGAAUUGUUCAUUGUUCAAAAGAUCAUUUAUAACAAAAAGGUAGUUUUUCAGUGAUAUUCAAAUCUUCUAUUUAAGUAUGGACCUACUGUCUCAUUUGGUUGCAAAAAAUCCUGAAUUUUAGCUAUAAGUCCCCUCUCAUAUGUCUCAUGUACAAAAAUGUAUAAUAAUCAUUAACUAAAUAAAUCAUGUAACAGUAAAGUAAGAAUUAUCUCCCUUGGAUUCAAAAAUCAAAACUUUUUUUUAUAAAUUGUCAUCAUAUAAAUUGAAUCAGGAAAGAACAGCCACAAAUUGUUCUUAAGGGAUACCUUAUUCUCUCUGGUGGCUCUUUCAACAUAAAUGUUGAAAAAUUUGUAUCACAUGACAUUUAUCUAGGCAAAGCCUAGAUUUUGUUGCUCAUUAAUUCGGGAAAUGAAUGGAUGUAUUUUAACAAUUUUCACCUAAAAUUAAUCGGACUCUUUUCUUUUUUGACCCCUCAGCCUGCUAAACAUCUAUGGCCCAUUGACUUUUCCGAGUUAUUUAGUUGAUCAUUUCUUGCAGACGACAUGUUGUUGAUCCUAACCAUGCCUUUCUGUCAAAAUCAUGUGACUGGUAUGAUAAGACCCAGAAAAAGAUGGUCUCAGAACUUCAAUUUAAAAAUUGAGUAUCAAGGUGCUCAUAAAUUUCUAUUAAUAAAUUAUAAUAGAUCAUUUAUGUCUGUUACCUUGACCUUUAGUUUGUUUAUAACUUAUUUUUUUCUAUGUUCCAUUUCUAUGUUUGAAAUGAAAAUCUGUCAAGAAAACAUUCAUUUUAUUAUACAUAAUAUAUGUGUUUUAGAGAUAAAAUCUCAAAUUUUAUCUUUUAUAUGUUCUCUUUUAAAAGGGUGGCAUUAGACGUAAAGGAGAUAAUUGUUUCAAAGAGAAACAUUUGUGCAUUCUUGGUGCAUUAUAUCUGCAUAGACUAAAAUUUGAUGAACAUUUUUUGCUAAACAGUUGAAACCUUAUGAUUCAUUCAUCCAUUUUUUUUGUACAAAACUAGGUGGUAAGGUCAGUAAUGUCCCUUUCUUGGGACAUAUUUUCAUAUUAUCUUAUACAAGCAAGAAAUUAUAUAUCAUCUGUUCACUUGACGUUGUACACUUUUCCUGUGAAAAAUCACUAGAGAGCAAUGUGUUUUUGUAUUAAUUAACUUACAUUAACCUAUGACCUCAGUUAAAAGUAUUUUUGGGUGUUAAACAAAGUACAAUUGCAUAUUUAAGCAGAUGCCAUUCCAAACAUCCAAAACACAGGUGAGCUAGGUGUGUGAACCAUUGCCCCAAAAUUUUUGCAAAUGAUUACAAACAUUUUUGCAUAUCAUUACAAAAGAGACUAAUGCAAAUUAAUUUAGGCAAAGUCAAAAACUUUUUAUAAAGUUUGGUUAAAACUUGAUAAUGGAGCUCGUUUCUUCUUUAAUUUUCAUUGAUUUAUAUGUACAUAUGUACUGUUUUAUAUGAGUGUGCAUUACUGUGCAAUAUAUUACGUAGAAAUUUUAAUUCAUCUGUUUAAAGUAAUUUGAUUACAGAUACAGUUGAAGGUGAAUUAGUUAUUCAUAUUAAGGUGUGAUGUGGUUAUUUUAUAGUAAUUUUGCAUAAGAAAUAUAAUAUAUAUAUUGAAAUUGUUAUAAAAGUAUACAUUUCCUUUAGAGUAGUUAUAAUAGGGAGUAUUUUUGUAUCAGUAUAUUAUUAUUGAAGUCUGUUUAUUUCUCUGGAAACAGAACAAUUUAUUACUAUUGUAACAGUGUAUGAAGACAAUGUCUAAAACCAUUUUUGGCGAGAUGUUGUUUGAUGUUUUACUAGUUACAAUGGUUUUGUAAAGUGUUUUGUUACCAUAGUAAUGUAUACUUCACUAGUGAUUAAAGUAAUUUUUUAUUAAAUAUAUUAUAAUUAUCAGUAUUCAUACAUGGGUGUUUUGAGGUAAUGGUAAAUUUCUGUGAUUGUUGAAUCUAUUUUAAUUAUUUUGCUAUUAAAAUUUUAUUUUUGUUA